GAGCUUACAGGCAUGCUUGUAGAGGCUCUCACCACAUCGCGUGCCUCGUCUAUGGACCCGCUUGCUCUUCACACUGUCAUUACAAAAAUGCACCCUCAUCUCAAAACAAAACACAAUAAAAAAGAGUGGCUUAACAUCAUUCCAGCCAUGCUUGAAGCGGGGCGCGAGCGAUGCGGAAUGUUCGAAAAGGUUCAAAGUAGUGGGACGGACGGGGCAAAGCAGGCCAGGUGGUUCUAUGUCUCUGAGAAGGACGAAGACCGUGAGCGUGCGGAGCUACUGGAGGAGCUUAUGCCAAAGCAGAAAAGGAACGAGACGAAGAAGUUCAAGCAUUAUUAUUAUCCCCCACUGCAGAAGGUUUCGAGGUGGGACUCAGAAGAUGCGAUUUGA